UCUAUAUUUAUUCUUUCGAUUGAUUAAUACAAAAUUCUGCUUUUAUUUAAACGUUUCAACUUAAUCUAAUUUUUGUGCAUAGCCUAGUUAUAAUCGAGUAGGUAUCGACCAUUAUUGGACUUAAUUGGACUACGGGCCUAUGCCGCCUAUCACUACGACACCACCAGUAGGCUUUGCAACUUGCCACUUCAGAGCUACUUUUGAAUGUAGCUGCUGCUGUCAUCUGGAUUUGUUUGUAAUGAAAUUAACAGGAUUGUAUUAAAACUUUAAUCAUCACUAGCACCAUAUAUAACAUUGCUCACUAUAUUUUGAAUGAUAGGUUUAGUAAUAUUUAAUAUGAAGCAUUAGCCAUUAGAUAGUACUAUAAAACUUGGCAAACAUCACCUCAUAACUCUUCAUUAGUUCAGUAAUUUAGUGUGUCCUUAAUUUUAGAUGAUUUCUUUGGUUUGUAUGUGGUAAUAGCAAUAUUUUUAUUUACUGUUCUUUCAAAUUAUGGUGUAUAUUCCUUAGUUAGCUUUAAGACUUUAACUCUAAAAUACUAAAACAAAAAAUUCAUCAUCACAAAAAUGAGUUUAGAAAAUUCAAAUGAAUGGAGAAAGAUUUUAUCUCAGACACUUGGUAAGGAGAGUGAUGAUUUUGAUGACGAGCUUCCAUUGCUUCUAAUGGCUGUUGACCAAAGUGUCAAACCCUCAAUUUUAUGGGACUUUUCACCUGCUUCUGCCAAGGAUCUACUAACUCUACUUAAUGCCUUAAGGUCAAAAAGUCUAAUUAAAACUGCUUUAACUGUUGUUGUUAUUGAAGAUGAUUUAUUUAUUGUAAAUCUUGAUGCUCUAACUCGUAUGCUUGUUUCAUAUAUAAGUAGUGAAUACUCCUGGCUGAUUGACAUUAGUAAGAAAGAUGCUCGUAUUGCUGCUUUAAGCAUUCAUCAAUUGUACAAGAGCUACAUAUGCACUAUUCUACAGCAGCUUGGAAUUGUAACUCCAAGUAAAGGUUUGGAUAGUAGUUGUACUUCUGACUAUCAAGAACUUCUAGGUUCUGUGUCUAGUGCAUCAAGUAAUCCCCAGAAAAAUGAAUCAACUGUUCUAGGAAACAACAACUGCCAGUUGUUGACUAUCAAUUUACCAGAAGUAGCCAACUUGAGUUCCAUUUUUGGCUGUUUACUUGGCUAUCCACAAGUUUACUGGUGGGACUCUCAGUCUGACGGCACAACUCUGUCAGGCAUGCCUCUGAAGAUGUACAAGUUUACUGCUCACUACCAAGCUCAUGGAGACCGAACUGGAAACGAGCCGCUUGCUGAGGAUAACUCACAGGAAAUGUUUUCAUUUAGUGUUCCAGAACCUCUCGAGGCAGAGCUCAGGCCAUCUGUUGUUCAGUGGGCCAAUGUUGUUAACACUCGUGUUGAACAAGCUGGCAACUUUACUCAAGCAAAGUGUAAUUGCGAUCCUGUUUUGUGUUUACAAGUCUCGCUCUGAAAAUCUUUUCAGUUUCACGCGUGGUAUAUAGUUAUAUUUAAGUGCAUCCAAUUCUGUAAAUACUUUUUGAGGAAAAUUUGAAAGCAUUCCGUUGGCGUCUAUCUAAAAAUUUAUCUUGUUCAUUUAUUGUUUUCUCUGUCGUGUACCUUUCUUUACCUGCAGACAAUUGCUGCCAAGACGCUGGCAUGUAAUGUAUGUUUUGGUUUCAUUUUAUUUUAAAGCUAAUGCAUUAACUUCUAACUUGAUAUGUUAGCUGCAAAACCUCUGUUUUAUUUUUUCUUUGUAUGAGAUCUUUGUUACGUAGAUAUUUUGUAUGCGUAGUGUUGUUCGGUGCAGGAAUUCAGAUCAGCCAUUGAAUUAACUUGAUAGGUUUUCUGCAAAACCUCUGUUUUUUAUAUGAGAUCUUUAUUAUGUAGAUUUUGUAUAGUGCACUUUGGUUCAGGGGUUCAGAUCAGCCAAGUAAUAUGUUAGAGUUCACUAUUUAAAUUUCUUACGAUUUUUAACCUAAAUGAUGUAAUUUUAGGAUGGUAUAUUUAGUGAAUAAUUUCGCUCUGUGGGUGGUCUUCAGAUAGGGUAAAGAGCGUGAAUCCAUCGUGAAGAGAGGCGGCGAUCCAUCCUGGCCUGGUACUGCUACGUCCGAAACAAAUACCAAGGGUAUAGAGCCUUGACUUUCUCAAUGAACGACCUAUUUCUUUAAAGCUUUUACUGUGUCCUCGAAAAUACAAUUAUAAUUUUUUUAAAUAAUUAGUUAGAUUCUUAU